AUGAAACUCGAAAAUAAUGUCUCCUACGAGUCGGAUGGAAAAACCUAUCGUCUCUAUGACGUCACCGCAGAGGACCCAAUUCAAGUGAGAGUCAGAAACCAUUAUUACACUCAACACCAGAAUCAAACUGUCCAGUUUGUGGAGGAAAUGCACAAAAAAUGGCUCAACUUCGAUCAUGCGAAAAUGCCAAUUUUGGGAUGUUUGGACAUGUUGGCCACAUUUUUAGACGAGUCUGAUCCAGAUGUAGACGAGGCGAAUCUGAUUCACGCUUAUCAGACAGCUGAGAAAAUCCGAGAAAAUCAUCCGGAUAAGCCAUGGAUGCAUUUGGCAGGCCUAAUCCACGAUUUGGGAAAAAUCAUGUCGGUAUGGGGAGAGCAUCAAUGGGCGGUGACUGGGGACACGUAUCCAGUUGGAUGUGCACCCGCUGAAUCGAUCGUUUAUGGGAAAGCAAGUUUCCAAGGGAAUCCAGAUGUGGACCAUGAGGUUUAUGGGACGCCAAUGGGAAAAUAUCAGGAGAAGUGUGGUUUGGAGAAUCUGAUGAUGACGUGGAGUCAUGACGAAUACAUGUAUCAGGUCCUCGUAAACCAUGGCUCAACUCUCCCGGACGAAGCUCUCUAUGCUAUCAGAUUCCACUCAUUCUACCCAUAUCACUCCCAUAAUGAUUAUCUUCAGUUCCAAAAUGAACGAGACAUCCAAAUGAAGCCAGCUAUCAUGAUGUUGAACGAAUGUGAUCUCUACUCGAAAAACGACGAAACGCCGGAUAUUGCCGCUUUGAAACCCUAUUAUCAGUCUCUAAUCGAUCAAUAUGUUCCAGGUGUUGUUAAUUGGUAA